UGCUGCAACUCGUGCCGCAGCUGCGGUGGGUGAGCUCAGUGGGAGGGAGGGGCAGCCGGAGCGGUCUAGUCCCCUGGCAGGAGGGCAGCCAGGGGCGAGACCCCCCGGGACCCCCCGUCGUCCGGAGCGGAGCCGACCCGACCCCCGCGGCGGCUGCUUGCACGGGCGUCCAGAUGGAGAAGUACAAAGCCCUAGAGCAACUGCUGUCCGAACUGGAUGACUUUUUAAAAAUCUUGGACAAGGAGAACCUGAGUAGCACUGCUUUAGUGAAAAAAAGUCUUCUUUCUGACCUCCUUCGGCUAUACACGAAAACAAGCAGUUCAGAUGAAGAGUAUAUUUAUAUGAACAAAGUGACCAUGUAUAAACAGCAGAAUGUUGAGAUACAAGACAAAGUGCCGGAUCCCGGAGACUCUCUGUCCAAUGGGGAAUUGGUUCAGCACUUAACUCCCCCUCAGAAGAGCCUUCCUGACCUUCCGCCUCCAAAAGUCAUUCCAGAGAGGAAACAGCUCCCAAUCCCAAAGAUCGAGUCUCCAGAGGGAUACUAUGAGGAGGCAGAGCCAUAUGACACUUCCUUAAAUGAGGAUGGAGAAGCCGUUAGCAGCUCUUACGAGUCGUACGAUGAAGAGGAGACCAGCAAAGGGAAAUCGACUACUCACCACCAGUGGCCAUCACCAGAAGCCACGAUUGAGCUGAUGAAGGACUCCCGGAUCUGUGCCUUCUUGUGGAGGAAGAAAUGGCUGGGGCAGUGGGCCAAGCAGCUUUGUGUCAUUAAGGACAGCAGAUUACAGUGCUACAAGUCAUCCAAGGACCACAACCCCCAGCUGGAUGUGAACCUAUUGGGUUGCAGCGUUGUACAUAAAGUGAAGCAAGUGAGAAAGAAAGAACACAAACUGAAGAUCACCCCGUUGAAUGCUGAUGUGAUUGUGCUGGGACUGCAGAGCAAAGACCAGGCCGAGCAGUGGCUCAGGGUCAUCCAGGAGGUCAGUGGCCUGCCGGCUGAAGUUUCUGAGGGAAACCAGUACAUUCCAGAUACCCAGCGCCUAAGUUGUCAAAGGCCGGAGAUUUCUGAGAAAAACCCGUCAGCAUCCGAAUGUGGGAGCAAUGUGGACGGCCAUCCUGAAAUAACUGAAACCAAAGAUGUUAAGAAGAAAGGUGCAGCGGGACUCAAACUGAGCAACCUGAUGAACUUGGGGAGAAAGAAAUCUACGUCAAUGGAGAGUCCUGAGAGAUCUCUGGAAACAUCUACAUAUCUGAACAUCCUGGUGAACAGUCAGUGGAAAUCCCGAUGGUGUAACAUUAAGGAUGGCCACCUUCAUAUCUAUCAGGACAAGAACAGAUGUAAAACUGCCCAGCAGCCACUCAGCUUGGUGGGAUGUGAAAUUAUCCCAGACCCCAGCCCUGAUCAUCUUUACUCCUUUCGCAUUCUAAACAAUGGAGAAGAGCUUGUCAAGCUAGAGGCUAAGUCUUCAGAGGAAAUGGGCCACUGGCUGGGUCUGCUCUUAUCGGAAUCAGGAUCCAAGACCAGCCCAGAAGAAUUCACCUAUGACUAUGUGGACGCCGAUCGGGUUUCCUGCAUCGUAAGCGCGGCAAAGAAUUCUUUCUUCUUAAUGCAGAGGAAGUACUCAGAGCCUAACACCUACAUCGAUAACCUCCCCCCGAACCAGGAUCAACAAGAAGAGGUGUAUGACGAUGUGGAUGCCUCGGAAUUGACACUGGAGGAGUCCGCACCAGAAGAAGCACCGGCACCGGAAGCCAAGGGUGAAGAGCCAGACAGAGUGUAUCUUGAUCUCACACCUGUUAAGUCUUUCCUCCACUGUACGAGCAAAGCCCAAGCCCUCCUUUCCCCUUCCAACUCCCCAACUCUGGAAAGAGCCAGCUCUAAGUCAGAUGUGGGUAACCCAAACGAAAACACUGCAGUGGACCAGGAUGAGAUGUCCUGGAGAAAAUCUUUGGAAAUAUCAGCCGAGCAGAAUCCUUCAGAAAACACAGAAUCCGAAGAGCAGUUGCCAAAAAUUACCACGGUCAAAAUCCAGGCUCAGCAACAGAAAAUCUCUUUCCCUCAAGGCUGUCUUGAUGUCCAAGUCUGCCCAGCAGCAAUGAGCAGUGCCCAGCCAGUGACCGCUCCUUAUGAGAAAACAGAAAAGUCCAAGGUGACCAGUGCAGUGUCCGUGGAAACUAAACUCGGUAAAAAUCGGACUGAAGCAGAAGUGAAGCGGUACACUGAAGAGAAAGAGCGGCUAGAGAAGGAGAAAGAGGAGAUCCGUGGUCACUUGGCUCAGCUCCGGAAGGAGAGACGGGAGCUGAAGGACAGCAUGGUCAACUGCACAGUUAAGAGUACCUUGACUGGUCUGGAACAGAAGCUGAAGGAGGUGGAAGAAGAGUGCAAAAAGAAGGAAAAUAUGCGUGUUGAUCUAGAACUCAGCAUUGUGGAGGUGAAAGAAAAUCUAAAGAAGGCUGAGGCAGGGCCGGUGACCCUGGGAACAGCUGUGGACACUACCCACCUGGAGAGCGCCGGCCCCAAGGUAAAAGUCACCAACUUGACCACCAUUUCAGACUGUUCCCCUGUCAAUUCUGCUACAGCUUUAAAGAACAGGCCCCUCUCCGUCAUGGUAACCGGAAAAGGAACGGUCCUACAAAAAGCUAAGGAAUGGGAGAAGAAAGGUGCAAGUUAGAAAAUGUCUUCAAGGAAGGACAAAAGAGACUGAACUAUUUUUGUUAUGGACUACACAGAGGACAAGACUUUCAGUUAAGGCAGCACAUACCCUGGAGGUAGGAAUGUGUGCAGAAGGAAAGAAAGGCCUGGAGGAGCCUUGAGAAAAAGCCCUUCCCAGUCGCUUGAGUGUGUCUGCUGCCUCCCUUUACAGUGCUAAGGGAAAAAGUAACACAAAAGGAAAAAGUACUUGUUUUUGUUCCUAACCCUAUUGAUGUAAACAGGAAAGAUUAUAUUUUGGUUUCAUGUAUUUCUAUUUUCAUGUUUAUCAAUUUGCAUUAUCUUGA